AUGACAGAAGAGCAUGACAGCAAUUAUUGUGUUGGAGUUUACCACAACACCAAUACUAAUUCCCCACCUGUCUCUGUUUGGUCCCCGGAUGCCUCGUUGGAAGAUUCGGAUGAACAGGAGGAGCACAUGAAGAAGAUGGACGAUGAAUUGUACAUUCGUCGAGUAUUCUCCUUUGACGAAUGGGAAUACAAUCAUCCUCAGUACAAGACAAAGAGUCCCUUGCACCGAGAACCCAUUUCUUCCAAAUACGACAUGAAUCGCUACAAUGAUUCCUUGAAAAGCUUGAUCCAACACCAGCACCUUCCAGCAGAACAACAAGAACAAUCCCCACGCACCUCUCCUCCUUCCUUGUUUCAAGAAAUUUGGAACAAGAAACUAGAGGAGAAGAAGGAUUGCUGUGGUGGUGCACAGGAACUAGGAUAUCGCAAUGCUUCCUUUGUCACGACUGCCUCUACGUCUCUAGAAACACAUAGCAUUCCAAGCCCCGAAUCGGCCUUUCGUCAAUUCCAAAACAAACAUGCUGUAUCACCAAUUGACACCACUACUGCUGCUACUACUACCAUGAAUGAGGAGGCUCCUUGGACACCCUGCAUUCCACGAGAAUCAUCAUUAUCAUGUGACGAAGGAUCCUUUGUCCACAUUGAUUUGGAUGAUCAGGAAGAUAAUUCUUCCGGUAUGAUGAUGAUCAUCCCACCAUCACAACGACCACAGCAAUCAUCAAGACCACAUUACGCCUCGGCCUGGUUCGGCAUUCCCGAAUUCGUUUUGGUGCCGCGGAAUAAUAACAGCAGCAGCAGCAUCAUCAUCAUGAUGGAAGAGGAAGAAGAAGAGGUAGAACUUUGA